UCACACUUGGAAGAAGGCUGCAGUCUGGGACCGACCACCUCACUUCCACUAUUCUCUGGCCGGAGUCUACAGCGAAGACUUUUUAAAUUUUACACUUGUUUAAGAAAACGAUUUGUGUCCGUCUCCUCUGAAGCUUUCUUCAUACUACUGAGACCAGCAGAGCUGAAGAUGAGGAGCAGGCUCUCUCUGGCAGCGGUUGCUGCCCUCAUAGCACUGCUGCUGUCCUCCUCUCAGGCCCAGAAGAUAGAUACUCAGUGUAACACUACAGCGAAGGCCGACAUCGUGCUACUGCUUGAUGGUUCCUGGAGCAUUGGGGUUAACAAUUUCCAAACCAUCCGCAACUUCAUCGCUCGCAUGGUCAGCGUGUUUAACAUCGGCCCAGACAGUGUCCAGAUUGGUCUGACUCAGUACAGCAAUAAACCAAAGACUGAAUGGCACCUUAACGCCCACCCCACCAAAGCAUCCCUGCUGCAUGCUGUUGCCACCCUGCCAUAUAGAGGAGGAAACACACUGACAGGAAUGGCUCUAAAAUAUAUCCUCAAGAACAGCUUCAAACCCAAAGUGGGGUUGCGUCCAGACUCCCAAAAAAUCGGCGUCCUGAUCACUGACGGAAAGUCCCAGGAUGAAGUCAUCUUAACUUCACAGAACCUGAGAGACAGCGGCAUCGAGCUCUAUGCUAUUGGUGUAAAAAACGGUGAUGAGAUUGAGCUGAGGUCCAUCGCCUCUGACCCGGAUGACAUUCACAUGUACAACGUCUACGACUUCCAGUUCCUGGUGGACAUCAUUGAUGAACUCUCUGUCAACCUGUGUAACAGUGUUAAGGGCUCAGCCUCUGCUGAUGGGAAAACACUAAGAGUGUCAGACAAGACAGAGAAAACCAUGAGAGUCACGUGGACGGCGGCGCCGGGCAAGUUGCUCAACUACUGGCUGAAGUACGUUCCUCACAAUGGAGGCAAAGAAGUGGUCCAGAAAAUCCCUGCAAAGGCCACUUCUACUGUCAUGAAGAAUCUGAAGCCCGCGACCACAUACAAUAUCACCGUUCUACCCAUCUACAAUCGCAGGGAAGGAAAAGCAAGGCAAGGAGUAGGAACGACACUGUCACCGUACAAGAGUCCCUGGAACCUUCAAACUUCACAGCCCACCAGGACCAGUUUCAGAGUGUCCUGGGAUCCAGCACCUGGGGAUAUCAGUGGCUACAAAGUCACAUUUCACUCAGGGAAUAAUGCUGACCUUAAGGAGCUCUUUAUCGGCCCCUUCGUUAACACAAUUGUUGUAGAGAAACUCAGUUUAAAGUGUGCAGGAGAUGAAAAGCCGACCCUCACGGAUGAACCCAAAUCUCCUCCUCUAGAUCCUUCUGUCUCUGCAGCCACUCAGUGUAAGACCACAGCAAAGGCCGACAUCGUGCUGCUAGUCGACGGCUCCUGGAGCAUUGGACGCCAGAACUUUAAAACCGUCCGUAACUUCAUCGCUCGCAUGGUCAGCGUGUUUGACAUUGGCCCUGACAGAGUCCAGAUCGGUCUGGCUCAGUACAGUGGUGACCCAAAGACUGAAUGGCACCUGAACGCCCACCACACCAAAGAAUCCCUGCUGAAUGCUGUUGCCAACCUGCCAUAUAAAGGAGGAAACACGAUGACAGGAAUGGCUCUGAACUUCAUCCUUCAGAACAACUUCAAACCCUACGCGGGGUUGCGUCCAGACUCCCGCAAAAUCAGCGUCCUGAUCACUGAUGGAAAGUCCCAGGAUGAAGUCAUCUUAACUUCACAGAACCUGAGAGACAGCGGCAUCGAGUUCUACGCUAUUGGUGUAAAAAACGCUGAUGAGAAUGAGCUGAGGUCCAUCGCCUCUGACCCAGAUGACAUUCACAUGUACAACGUCAAAGACUUCAAGUUCCUGGUGGACAUCGAUGAUGAACUCUCUGUCAACCUGUGUAACAGUGUUAAGGGCUCAGGUCAUACUCUAGAGGCGCCCACCAAUCUGGUGACCUCAGAGGUGACAGAGAGUUCCUUUCGUGCCACCUGGACUCCACCCAAUGGCACCGUGGAGAAAUACCAUGUCACUUACAUGAUGACAGCUGGGGAACGCAUUGAGGAGCUGCUAGUCAAUGGAUCGGUGAGCACUGUAGUGCUAGAAAAUCUAAACCCUCUGACUGAGUACGUCAUCAAUGUUUAUGCUGUGAUUGGCAAGCGGAGCAGCGAGCCUCUCAGGGGCACCGAGACCACCCGAGAUGUAUAGGUGCCAUUUGAGCUGGUGGAGUCGUCAUUCAGAAGGAAGUUUAACUCCUCUGCUUCAGCUGUAUAGUUCCACUUCCCCAAAACCAGUCAGCCACUUAAAAAUACUCCAUCUGUGUCGGACUACGCGUUUCAUGUUGUGGCAUUUCAAAACACAUUUAUAAAUGUGACCACAUUACAGUUCUUGUACUCUCUCUCUGUUGACCUGAGGAUCAAUAAAAACAACAUGGGUCUCAUGA